GGUUAAACGAAAUGGUAAAAUAUUUCGACAAGAUAUCGCAGCUGACGGCUCUGGCGAAUUACGGAAGAGAUUUGAAGGAGCUACAGAAAAUCCCAUUUCCAGACUUCGACUUUCGAGAGUUUCGAGAAAACAAGCGGGUUGUCGUGACACUCUAUAACAUAUGCGAAAGCGCGUUGCUUGAGUCAGGGUGGGUUGUCCACAAGGAUCCGGUGCCGGUUUAUUUGAAAGGUAUUGUAGAGGUGGGGCAGUUGAGCUACAUUACACCUAAGUAUACUUUUUCUUACAACGGGCUUACUGCUACGUACUACAAAAUGUUAUCAUCAUCUCCACUCUCGCAAGCAAAACUUCGCUCCCUUCAAACGCCCUUUUCCCCACUCAAACCGCCUGUCGCAAGCAAAACUUCGCUCCCUUCAAACGCCCUUUUCCCCACUCAAACCGCCUCAGGCUGGGUCGACGUCCCCAUCAAGACUCUUUGCCCUCCCCUCGAUUUCCCCAACGUCGAAACUUGUUGGAACUCUAUGGAAAAGUUUGCCCAUAACGAAGGCGCUUUUGGUCGCUUCAUGGAAGAGGAGGAC